AGUGGAGAGAAACUCGAAUAGCGAGAAGAGCGCAUUCAGUCACUGAGCAAAGCGCCUCUCGGCUCCCCCCUCAGAAACGAGUCUGCUUUGACUUUUACUUAGAGCUUAACUCACAAUGUAAAACAACACUCAGCCGUUCUUAUGGUCUCCGAGCUGCGCUUUACUGGCUUAAUAUGAGUACUUUUUUCGAAGUGAGCCGAUGGGGAACAGUUUGGGACCUGCUAUCCACACCUUUUCUUCAGAUAUAUAUGUUCUCUAGGAUGCUGAACAGAGAUUUACCCACCUGCGAUACCUACAUGUGAGUCGCUACGUGUCACUGCUUUAUUGAGGCUGGCAUCUGGAAUCAAAGAGCGAGAAGUGCCCAUUACAAGAGGGUUAGGGACCUCAGAGUGACUUUCUGCUGGAGCUUCUCCAACGUCUGUUUGACUGAGAUGGUUUAUACUUGACCCAGGAGAGCCGGAAAGAGGGGUGAACGGAGGUCAGCAAAGUCGAGUGGAGGCCACGUUGCAAAUACGUCAGGAGUAAUAGCAGGAUCGUCUGGACGUUUGACGUAGUGACCUAACAGAUGGCACCACGCCUACAAUACCUGCUUUGUCACUAAGAAAAAGACGGUGUGGAUAGGAGGGGCAGGAAGGGAGUUUACCAUCUUCAUCCCUCAGAUUGUCCUCACACCUGUUCAGAGGGAAAGCUGCUCGAAGCACGAGUGCUGGCCACUCCACAGGGGGAGCUCUGAGGCUCAGCUAUGAGUGCAGCUGAGAGUUCACACUGGCGGAUGACACCCACCAUUCAGCCAGCAUGGUGAGCAAGGUCUCUGUAGUUUACAUAUCCCUGGAGCUGCUGAUCGCACUGCUGGCCGUGGCUGGAAAUGUGCUGGUCUGCUGGGCCGUGUGCCUUAACAGCAACUUGCAAAGCAUCACCAACUUCUUUGUGGUUUCCCUGGCCGUGGCCGACAUCGCAGUGGGGCUCCUGGCUAUCCCCUUCGCCAUCACCAUCAGCACGGGCUUCUGCAGCAACUUUCACGGCUGCCUGUUCAUUGCCUGCUUUGUGCUGGUGCUCACGCAGAGCUCCAUCUUCAGCCUGUUCGCCAUCGCUGUGGACCGCUAUAUCGCCAUCAAGAUCCCACUGAGGUACAACAGCCUUGUGACGAGCCAGAGAGCCAAAGGCAUCAUUGCGGUGUGCUGGAUUCUGUCAGUGAUCAUCGGACUGACUCCUAUGCUGGGCUGGAACAUGCGGGCCACAAACGUCACUAACAGCUCUUGUCCUGCUGGCAUGACGGAGUGCCUGUUUGAGCAAGUAGUCAGUAUGGACUACAUGGUUUACUUCAACUUCUUUGGCUGCGUCCUCAUGCCGCUGCUGGCCAUGCUAGUCAUCUACGUGCGGAUAUUUUUGGCCGCACGCCGACAGCUCAGGCAGAUGGAGCAGAAGCUGUCGCAUGGGCAUUCUCACAGCGACAGCUCCUCAACCCGCUCCACACUGCAGAGGGAAGUCCACGCUGCCAAGUCUCUGGCCAUAAUAGUGGGCCUCUUUGCCCUGUGCUGGCUACCGCUGCACAUCAUCAACUGCUUUACGCUGUUCUGUCCCAAAUGCGCCCGCCCUCCAGUCUGGAUCAUGUACCUGGCCAUCAUCCUUUCACAUGCUAACUCGGUGGUGAACCCAUUCAUUUAUGCUUACCGCAUCCGAGACUUUAGGCACACUUUUCGCCGGAUCAUUCGGCAGCACUUCCUUGGACGGCAUGACAGGUUGCGCAGUGGCAGCAUGGCUGCAGGAAACAUGACUACCUCUAUUGGGAUUAGUGUCGUGGAUUCCUCGUUUGGCACUCUCGCUAAUGGCAACGUGCUGAAUCACAGUCCCAGGCAUAGUCCCAUUCCAGGUAAUGACCGUGAAAUGUUAAAGGAAAUGCAUUCCACAGGUAGCCUGUGGAGGCCGAGGUCAGACCUUUCGGAAACAGACCACAGCUCCAACGGGCUUCACUCAGUGGAGCGUGCUCUGUCUGCCCAGUCGAAACUUUGCUCACUAGGAUGUUCUGAUCACAUUGGUGAUGAACUUUCUUCUAAUAAGAGCAACUCUGAAAUCAUGGUGGUGAAGGACUGUAGCAUUAUCACCAAUGUACAUUUCUGCUCUCUCCCCACAAGGACAAAUCACUCAGUGGAGCUGGCUGAGGUGUCAUGACAGACUCUUUUUCAUGUUAACUGCUGUUACUGUACAUGUUAGCUGGGCUAAACAAACACAGUCUCAUUUGACCUACACACAGCCUAUACAUCUGACCUUGCCACUGACUUUUCCCAAAUCAGAAUGUCACUGGUGUUGAAGUGAGGGUGACCUAAUUCUCGUUACUAUCUGGAGCCGGAUGAGGCAAUUGGUAUGUGUACCUGCUCUGUAUCUGUGGGAACUGAGUGAAUGUGGCCACUACAUUCCAACACAUCCCUGUGCUGUGGAGUUAUCUGAUGGAACGAAUUCAGUUCCAACAUUCCACACAGUCGGAACCCCUUUUGUCCAACAGUGUCUGAGGUUUAACUGAAACACUGCUACAGUUCACUAGCAUUGCAUUGCCACUUACAUUUCUGAAAACAUGGGUGCCAGAAAGGGUUCUCUGAAGCAAUGGCAUAGAAGAACCAUCUUUGGUUCUCUAAAGAAGCUUUUAAAGGGCAAUUUUUUGAAAAUUAGAUGUAAGAGUGGGAAGAACCUUACAAAAACCAUUUGAAAACAGUUAGGGCUGUCAUGAUUACUGGUCUUUAAUCAGUUGCUUUAAACAAAUCCAUUCAAAUUUACAUUUGGCUUAAUAAUUAUUUUGCAAUUUGAGUGCAAAACAUCUCAUUAUAAAGCCAUGUUCAGUAGUCUGAACUUUCUUUACAAGGGGGUGCUAUUAGCACUCGAAUCACUUUUGUGAACAUAUCAUAAAUAGAGGAAACCCACACCAGUAGGAUCUUAUGAACGCACGUUUGUAGUUACAAAUUUCAUGUAUAUGAAGUAAAAUUAAAUGUUUGCAGUAAAUUAUGUUUAUGAUUCCUUGGUUAAUUGUCAAAAUAAUCCCUAGAUUACUCAUUUACUAAUAUCAUUGAUAGUGACAGCCUUAAAAACAUUUAAAAUAAAUAAAAAUCCAGGCCAAGAACUAUUUAGGAACUUUUAUUUUGAAGAGUGUAGCCUGAAUCAAUACAAAAUGUAAGAGCACAAAAGUUUCAAAUACUAAUACUUUAUCCAUUCAUUUGAAACUGUUGACCAAAACAAACAAACAAAUAAAUGGCUUAACUUUAAAGGUACUAAGCAUCAAAACAUUUUUACUUGUAUCCCUCUUAUUUGUUCACAGUCAGUUCCUAAUGCAUGUGGUGCAGUCGUAAGUGUUGUAAGCCGAACUUACAAAAAGACCUUUUCAUUCUUAUCAUUAAUAACCUAACUGAUAAAUGUCCAUCCUUAUCGUUGAUAGUCCUAAUGCAUGCUCUGCAUGCUGUAUCAUUCAACUGCACCACCAGUUUAAGAGGCAAAGGGCCAGACAGAGUCUCCUCUAAUGUGUAUAAACCAUCCCAGACAUUUUUGCCCUACAAGCUGGAUACCUCAGCCUUCUUGAAGUCUCUUAAAUGUGGCCAUGCAUAUGCGCAGUUGGUGGAGUACAUCAUGAUGGUGCGGAGAAGGUCUCUCCUUUUUUCCCUGUCAAUUUUUUCCAUUUGCUUCACACAGAACAUGGGAUCUCGGUGAUAAGGUGCUUCUGUACACUUGUAAGUGGUACUUUUACUGGGUGAACUGUUAAGAACGUUGUGUCUUACUUGAGUUACAGUAAGAGAAACCCAACUCAGCACGAAUUCCUCAGUUGCUGAUUUCACAUGCUGCUUUGACAAAACUCUUGACAUUUCCUCUUCCGUGUGCACAACUGUCUCAUACACUAUUGAAUGUGAAGCAUGUCUCUUGGUAGUUCUGAAUUUUACUAAAUAAAAACAGCUUAAAACAAAAACUUCCCUAAUCAGCGCUGUCUGUGUAUGUCAUCAGGAUGAUUACCGGUAACGUAUGUUGUCAUCAUGUUAAAACCUUGUAACUCUAUUUAUUUCUUUUUUAAGCCUGUUUUACUCUAUUUCAAAAGGCCAGCUGCCAUUUACACUGUGACCAUUUAAUGAGUUGUGUGUUAGGAAACAAAAUGUCAAACCAAGUGGCAUUUAUUACAGCACAUUCCUAGACUUUAUUGGUUUGGAUUUUCUCAAGUAUUAUUUCUAAAAGCAGCCGGUGUGUUUCAGACUGUUAUCGUUGGAGCAUUAAUGUUCUUGAUCCCAUCAAUGCACACAAGCUCACCAACACCACUGGGAAAAAAACAGCCCCAGACCAUUCUUAGCCUUAUCACCAUCCUGAAGUUUUAGUUGAUAAUUAAUUGCCACAUAAAUAAUUAUGAUCAACAAUUGUUAUUUUUUGUCCUUGUGUGCAACUAAUGAAGUACAAGCCUGAAGAGGGAAAACUGCCAGACUAGCUAUGUUGCUUUCUAGCUGUAGAGACUUAGUUGCGUUGCUCUAUAACUAAAUGUUUGGUAAAUGUUUGAUACAACAGGCCAUUCUCACACUUCCACAUUCUAGCGACAGCCCUGGUGGAAAAGCGAAAAGCGACACUAUGAAAAGUGAAACAUGCAACUUCAUUUAUAUAUAUAUAUAGCUGCUGUCGGAAC